AUGGACCCAGCUGAUGAUGGAACUGGCUCAGACGUGCGCCUGGCCGUCCUCUUCGCGCAGCAGAAGCGAUUAAGCUCGCGGGCGCGUCAGGACUUCUUCACGCGCCUGGUCGAGGAUGAUGUGCCCAACAAGACAGUAGAGGCCGACUUGCAGGCCCCGUCGCAGCUGCCACGCCGGCAUCGCCCGAGGGCUGUGCCAGCGAGGUCUCUGCGUCUAGAGCAGGCGGCCAGCGUGGCCUCGGAAGAGACCACGGAACUCAGCGCGACCUUGGCAAGGUCCGAGGUGAGCAGCAUCACGCCCUCCCUCGGCAGCGCUGCACGCAUGGAAGGCCUUCGUGGUCGCCGUAGCACGGCCAGUGAGCGCCGGAUGCUGCAAAGGUCAGUGGCCGUAGUGAGUCGCCUUUACGACGAGCUCCUGCUUCUGAGCCUCCGUCGGCCAAAGUUGGGCGAAGCUGCGGCGUCGUUGCUGCAAGAGCUCGCCGGGCCGGGGGUCACCGAGCAGGCUGAAGAGGAGAUCGCCGGUGUGCUCUCUCGCUGUGUGGCCGACGUGCGACGGAUUCGUCUGGAGCCACCAGGUGCGAGUGAGGACCCGGAGCUUCCGAAAGACGAGGCGCUACAGAAGGAGAGUGGCUCCUGGUGUGCACAAAGCUGA